AAGAGGGGGAGGAAGAAGAAGAAGAAGAAGAAGAAGAAGAAAAUGGAAGUGUGGGUGGAGUUAAAUAUUUCAAGACUUAAUGGCCGCAACCAUGAGUAACGUGGAAGAAAUUCGGACUCGAGUUAUACUUGGGGAAUUUGGAGCCAAAAAUGUCCAUACAACAGAUUUUCCUGGAAACUACCCUGGGUAUGAUGACACUUGGGACAUGCAGAAAUUUCAGAAGAAUUUUAGAAUUGACGUAGUGCAUCUGGAUGAGAGCAGUAUGGAGUUUGACAUGGUGGGGAUUGAUGCUGCCAUUGCCAAUGCCUUCAGAAGGAUCUUAUUAGCAGAGGUGCCUACCAUGGCAAUAGAAAAGGUGUUUAUCUAUAACAAUACGUCCAUUGUCCAGGAUGAAGUGCUGGCCCAGCGACUGGGUCUCAUUCCCAUCAAAGCUGACCCUCGUCUGUUUGAGUACAGGAACGCUGGUGAAGAUUCUGCAGAGGAAGAAGGUUCAGAAAUAGACACAAUUCAACUGCAGCUAAAGAUUAAAUGCAGCAGGAACCCCAGAGCCAGCAAAGAUUCUUCUGACCCACAAGAGCUGUAUCUGAACCACAUAGUUUAUUCCAGGGACAUUAAGUGGGUCCCAAUUGGGAACCAGUCCGAUGUGUUUGCGGAGUCCAGUAUUGGACCUGUGCAUGAUGACAUUGUGAUAGCUCAGCUACGACCGGGACAAGAGCUGGAUAUCAUCAUGCAUUGUGUCAAAGGAAUUGGCAAGGAUCAUGCUAAAUUCUCUCCAGUUGCCACAGCCAGUUACCGCCUCCUUCCGGAGAUCACCCUCCUGGAGUUGGUGGAGGGAGAGAAGGCAGAGCGCCUAAAACACUGUUUCUCACAAGGAGUUAUAGACCUGGAGGAUGCAAAUGGGAAGAAAGUUGCCAAAGUGAUGAACAGUCGUCUGGAUACAUGCAGCAGGGAAGUCCUCCGACAUAGUGACCUGAAGAAUGUGGUGAAGCUCGGAAGAGUGCGAGACCAUUUUAUCUUUACUGUUGAGUCGACUGGCAUCUUGUGUCCUGAUAUCUUGAUCACAGAAGCCAUCAAAAUCCUCAUGGCGAAGUGUCAGAGGUUUCUCAAUGAGCUGGGCUCCUCUAACAUACAGUGAAAUGAAACCCCCUACAGAGGAUGUGUUAAAGUGUGCCACUUCAUAUCGGGCCUUAGAUACUUGAUGCCAUGCUCUCAGUAGAGUGUUCACACAUGUCUGUUUUGAUGACAGUUGCACUGACUUAUUAAAAAGAUCAUAUAAUGGUUACAAAUGCA